AUGAAUAACGACGGAAGUAACAAUAACGAUAACAACAAAGACGGAGUGACGACGCGAAGCCAAUCAGGCAAGAAAAAUAAAAAUGACGCAACAAUCAGCGAUAGCAAUAAUCGCGACGCGUUUAAUAGCAAUGCGAACACGCAGGUAAACCAGCUAAGCGACAUCGAGAACCAAUCGAUAACGAGCGUAGUAGCAAAUUUAGUAAAAGAAUUUAAAAAAAUGAGAAUGCGUCAAGAAGCAUUAUUAGCGUUAGAGUAUCGACGAUUCGAUACAGCAAAACAGGUAACGUACAAAGAAAUUCCAAGUACUUCGCGAGACGAAUUUCAAAAAAGCCGUGUCGAGGACAACCAACAAAAUUACGCAAUGUCCCAAAACUCGAGUCAAAGCGAAUACACUUUCGUGAGAUCAACGAACGAACAAGGUCAAACGACCAUCGAACCGCGUAACAACCGCGAUAAUGAAAACACAACAGGAGGAAGCGGUAACGGCGGAAACUCAGGUAUUAGAAUACCACGAAACGAGUGGUUAACUUCACCGUUUAAAUAUUUAUCUUAUAAAGGCACGCAAGACACGCAAAACGUAGUAAACUUUAUUCGCGAGUUCAAAGAUAAAGCAAAAUUCGAAAAAAUUAGUGAAACCGAGCAACUUUAUUGGUUAAAAAAUAUAGUUAAGCAUGACGCAAAAUCGUGGAUAAGGUUAAAAAGUCCAACGAACAUCGAGGACGCGUUACAAACGUUAAAAGAUAAAUUUUGGAGUCCGGAAAUUCAAACCGAGUUCAGAAAAAAUUUAAUUAACAAUAAAUAUUCGGCAAGCUCAGGCAAAACGAUGGGCGAAUACGCAAUGGACAUCGUAGAUAAAGCUAAGCUUUUAGACCAACCAAUAACCGAUGAAAUAAUAAUUUACAUGAUCAAAGAUCAUUUUCCGUACGACAUAAAGCGCGAAGUUAGAACGCAAAUGAACGACCUAGGAGAGUUCGUAAAACUAUUAGACAGUUUACAAGCAUUAGGCGAUCGAAAAAAAUCUAGCUACAGAAAAAAGCAAAAUUCUCCAGACCAAAGUAAGGGCGCGAUACCGAAACAAAAUUACGAGGCGUACAAAAGAAAUAAAUAUAACGAGUCUACUAAACAAAUAGUUAGAUACGAUCCAACAAAAUUAUUUAACAAUAGAUCGAGGAGCAAAGAUAGACGCAGACCAGCAAAUAAUUAUUCGCGUAAUAGAUCGAAUAGCGGACAGCGACCAAACAGCACAAAUAGAUUUAAUAGAGCGAUAGAAUACAACAAAAAUGAUCAGUAUCAACAAUAUAGGCGCGAUAAUUACGGAAAUACACGUAAUAAUAAAGAAAGAUCUGAGGACCGACGACCCAGAUCAAGCGAGCGCAAAGGCGUAAUUAUUACAGAAUUAACCAGCGACGACGACGAUUCGUCGAAAAUUAAAUACAAUAAAAUCGCGAAUCAAAACAAAUCGUAUGUCCUGAGUAAAAAUGAUACGUCAGCGAGCAAAAAUAGUAAGAAAAAUAACACGCAUAGACAAUCUUCGCCAACCACGAGAAAAACGCUAACAUCGAUAACCGCGAAACAGCGUAACGAAUCGAAAAGCGAAAGCGACUCAGACGAGUACUUUACGGCAAGCGAGGAUAGCAUUAAUACGAAUAAAGCGAUAAGAGCAUUAAAAGUCAAAGACAAUAACGUCAAAUCGAUUCUAAAAAAAUUUAAUAAAAACACGGAACCAACCGCAAAUAAUAAAAUUGAUAAAACAAUCAACAUGAUGCGAUCUAGUGAUAAAAUCGAAACGAUGAUAUUCGAAAAUUCAAACGCAAAAUCAAACGAUUUAAAAGUAAACAAAAUAAAACAUUCAAACCACAACGACAUAAUAAACAAAAUUGCAAAACAAAAACCGAGGGAAAUAAAUCGCGUUUACAAGGCAACGGGAAACGAAUCAAUUGACAAUUCGAGAAGUAAUCCGAGUCAUGACGAAAAUGAUUCUAAAAUCAAGCCACGCAAAAAAGUAAUCUCAGCGAACGACGAUGCAGAGGGAACGCGCAUACAAAACAAUCAGGCAUAUUCGUUAAUUGACAGAAACGCGGUUAGCGACAGUCAUGUACAUAAUAACGUUAAUACCGAUCGACGCGAGAGCACGUCUAUUAGCGAGACAUCCCGAGGCCUAAAGCGUACAAAUAGAGAGAAUAAAAACAAAAAAGAUAACGAGCGUGAAAAAUAUCUAAUGAACCAUGAAGCAAACCAACAAAUGGAAAUCAAAUACAUAAACACGAUAACGAUAGAAAGCAAACGCGAGUGCAGAACAAAAUUCGACGAUCCUUUAGAAAUUAUCAAAGAACAUUUAGAGGAAAAUUACGACAGUAAUGAGCAUACGAGCUCACACGUAAAUUAUAAAGAUUUAGAUUGCGACGAGUCAACCGAUAAUUACGACGCGAAUCGCGAACGCAUUAGAUUAGCUAACGAAAGAUGGAAUAGACUAUCUUACGAAAAAGAAGAAAAAGCAUCACACGACAGAAACGUCAAAUUUCCCGAACAAGUGAGAGAAACAGAAUCUCCGAUAGCGUAUCGAAAAUCUUGGCAGCAGUUAUUACAUAAGCAACAUAAAAAAGAAGCCUUGUGGUUUAUGGUGUCUAGCGCCUCGUGGCAAGUGGACCUAGCCUAA